AUGGCCGCCUGAGAGCAACGCCCACAAAAUGGCGGCCGCGAGUUGCUGGACGGCCCCGCCCUCUACCCCGCAGGCGGCGGCGGCGGCUGGUCGCGGCUGCGUGGCGGGCUCUAGUUCUCAGCGCUCGGGAUGGAGCUGGGGAGGCUGGAGUAUCUGCAGGCCCUCGUCACUGAGUUCCAGGUGACAGACAGCCCAGAGGCCAAGGAGCAGGUCCUGGCCAACCUGGCCAACUUCGCUUACGACCCCAAGAACUACGAGUAUCUGCGGCAGCUCCAGGUGCUGGACCUGUUCCUCGACAUGCUGACUGAGGACAACGAGACCCUCGUGGAGUUUGCUAUGGGUGGUCUGUGCAACCUGUGCCUGGAUAAAACUAACAAAGACUAUAUCCUGGAGGCCAGUGGGGUGGAGCCCAUAAUAAAUUGCCUCUCCAGCUCCAAUGAAGAGACAGUCAUGUCAGCAGUCACAACCCUGAUGUAUCUGACAACGCCACAGUCAUGCCAGCAGACCACACCUCUCCCAGUGGUGGAGUGCAUGCUUCGCUUCUCUCUCUCGGCCAGCAGAAGGCUAAGCAAUCUGGCAACCAUCUUCCUGGAAGAUUACUGCACACCUCUGCAGGUGGAAGAGGCCAAGAACCUAAGCAAACACACAGCAGUAGGGAUUCCUCUCCCUAAGGACUGAAGCUGCCAGAGCAGCUUGGAACUGUUGAGAGGGGCACCUCUCCAUUUUCUCAGGUCUCCCCCUAAUGCUCAGUAGAUCAAGAGCAUGAUGAGAACAGUAAAGAGGGAAAUAAGUUAGACUAGCACUGGAUUUUAGUUACUAUUGAAGAGGAUGGUACAGCACUAUAACAGGCCAAGAGUGCAGCUGAAACUGGAAGCAAAUAUUUUAAAUAAAAAAGGUCACGGCUGUUGGACAGCAGGAUGCUGAGUGCAGCUCAGCACCAGCUUGCAAGUAUAACCUUUUCUAUCAGUUGCUUUUUUCAACUUGGGAUAUUGUUCAGCUUGUAUCACUUCCAGUUCCUGGGUCAUUUUUGCCAUAGCUUCCCACUGUCAACUCAGAUGACUUUGAAAUGACCCAAACUUCAUCGCUCCUGCAGAAGAAACGUGUCUCCCUACCCUGGUAAUAUGCAAUCCUAUUACAUAGCUUUGGUACUAAAUAUACCAUCUUAUCAUCAUGCCAUAGAACAGGCGAUAGCUAUCCUGUAAGUCAGGAAGUAGAAAGCUGUAUUUCUCUAACUACCACCGGUGAGAAAGGUGCAGGUAGAAAAAGGGCUUAUGGCAUUCAGAUUCACAAGAAAAGCCUUCUCUUAAUAAAACAUUAACUUAAA